AUGACGAUUUACGUGAUCACUGGUAUUUCCAGAGGCCUCGGAUACGAGCUCACUCGCCAGCUUUCCAGCGACCAUAGCAGCACCGUUGUCGGUAUCGUGCGCGACAAGCCUGCGACAAUCACGAAGAUAUCUCAAGAUGCAGAGCUAAACCGACGCUCCAAUAUCCACGUCAUCCAAGCCGACUUGACAGAUUAUAAUGCACUCAAAGGAGCCGUGAACGAAACUGCUAAGAUUACCGGCGGCAGUAUCGACUACCUCAUCGCCAACGCAGCCUACGUCUCGAAAUUUGACACGUUUGACCCUCUCGGAGCCCUCGGCAAUACUCCGAAGGAGCUGGAAGAUGAUCUCAAGAUGCUCUUCGACGUCAACGUCGUUGCAAACAUCCACCUGUUCAACCUCUUCAUUUCACUUAUCCUCAAAGGCAAAGAAAAGAAAGUCGUGACUAUCUCCACAGGUCUAGCAGACCUAGAAUUCACCAACAACUUCGAGCACGAGUUUACCCCGCUGUACUCCAUCAGCAAAGCCGCUAUGAACAUGGCGGUCGCCAAGUUUAACGCCCAGUAUAAGAAAGACGGCGUUCUGUUCAUGAGUGUAUGCCCUGGAAUGGUCGAUGUUGGCCAAUUCAAUCACGCAACUCCACAGCAGAUGGAGGCGAUGGGGGGAAUGAUGGCCAAGUUUAAGGAAUAUGCUCCGCAUUUCACUGGCCCAGCGACAGCUGAAGAUGCUGUUAAAGACAUGAGGGCAGUGUGGGAGAAGGCGAGCAUUGAAGGUGGCUAUGGCGGUGCUUAUCUUUCUCAGUUUGGCAACAAACAGUGGCUGUAA